UGUGUGUUAUCAAGACGAAUAGAGUUUGAGGCGAUGGAGAGUGCAAUGAUAUCUUUGCCAAAAUUCUCGCAUGCACGCAGCACAAAUCAAUGGCUUCCAUUAGAUUUGAAGCAUCAGGUUCUAUGUCCAGGCAAAGUGAGGAAAACUCACGGUGCUUGCGCAAAGAAUUUAGCAUCAAUGCGUGUUCGUUGUGAGAAUAGAGAAGACGGUCGCUUGGAAAUGGACCGCCGCCAGUUGCUGUUAUCUUCGUCGACAUUGGGCGUUUCGGCUCUAACGAGCGGGAAGGCCAUGGCGAAGCCAUUUCCGGCGCCUGAUCUGUCUAAGUGUAUUUACCCCACUGAUCUUCCAACAACGCCGUGUUCGUCCUCCAGUUUUUCUGCAUUUCCGGAGGGCGGGUGCUGUCCUCCAUUCAAGGAGGGAGAAACUGCCGUGGACUUCGAAUUUCCGACGUCUCUGCCGAUGCGGACGCGUAAAGCAGCGCAUCGGGUGGACGCGGAGUUCAUCGAAAAGUACGAUAAAGCAGUGGCGGCAAUGAAGAAGCUCCCCUUAGAUGACCCUCGGAGUUUUCUCCAGCAAGGCAGAGUGCACUGCGCAUAUUGCAACGGAGCCUACAAGGUGGGAUCAGAUGCUGUGCAGGUUCACAAGUCAUGGUUUUUUGCGCCUUUCCAUCGCUGGUAUAUCUAUUUCUACGAGCGCAUUUUGGCAUCUCUCAUCCAAGAUGAUACCUUUGCGCUGCCAUUCUGGAACUGGGACCACGUGGAUGGGAUGACGAUUCCUCCCAUGUUCACGGAGAAGUGCCGCUCCUUAUACAACAAUAACAGGGAUCCAUGUCACCAGCCUCCCACGCUUCUGAAUCUGGCGGCAGCAACCAGCUGCGUAUCAGGCGAUGUGGAUGCCACCUAUUCUAACAUCUAUAACCACAUGGUGUCUGGUGCGGGAACGGCAGAGCUCUUCCACGGUGGGCCUAUUCGGUACGAGGGCGAAAACACAGGUUCAACGGGAAAGCUGGAAGCUUCUCCGCAUAAUCUUGUGCACCUCUGGGGCGGCUCUCCCGGUAACCCACACCGUGAAGACAUCGGCAGCCUAUAUUCGGCAGGCAAAGAUCCUCUGUUCUAUUCCCAUCACUCCAACGUGGACCGCAUGUGGUUCAUCUGGAACACCACAUUGAAAAACAAAAACUUUGAUGACAAAGAUCUUAUGGAGACAGAGUUCCUGUUCUACGAUGAGAAUAAGCAGCUUGUAAAGGUUAAAGCCGGUGAUUGUUAUGACAUAAGCAAGCUUAGGUAUCAAUACGAGGAAAGAGAGCUCCCCUGGUUGACUAAGGGACGGUCAUUGAAGAAGGCCGGAAAGGUCGCUGCUAAGCCUAGAACAUUAAAAACCUUUGAAAAGGCUGUCGAUGACAAGGCCAAGAAUCUGUCGUCUCCCUUGACCUUCAAGGUUGAGAGGCCGAACAAGAGUCCUGGAAAAGGGCAGGUGGAGGUUCUUAAGAUCGAGGGAGUGGAGACUGACAGAACGGGAUUUUCAGCGUUCGAAAUAUUCAUAAAUUUUCCGGAGGCUAACUCCGGCACUCCCUUUAAUAGCCCUCAUUAUGCAGGCUCCUUUACUACUCUUGGGCACGGCAUCAUGACAGAAGAAUCUAUGAAGUCAAUGACUGCCAAGGAGACUUUCAAGAUUGGGAUUUCUGAGACGCUGGAAGAUUUGGGCAUAGAGAAUGAUGAUGAAAUACUCGUUACACUCGUCCCAAAGUCAGAGAAAGAUUUGGCUACGUCUCCCAUUACCUUUACUUCCAUAAAGAUUGAAUAUGUUAGCAAGUAAUAUCACAUACUCAGAACAAGGGGAUUACUGCCUUUUACGCUUUCCUCAAAUUGCAGUAGCAUUUUAGGAAGUAUAUUAGUAAGUAGAUGUUGUGUCAUGUUUUCUAAUGUCUUAUGACAUUGAAGUGUGGAAGUUUUACGUUUGAUAAUGUUACAGUUAGUUUUUCUUUGUUUUAGCUGAAAGAAGAUGGCAACUACUACAGACAGUUGCAGAAGCUCAAGUAUCUGUUUUUGGAGCUUCGCGAUGAGAAUAUUAGGUGUGCCACUGUUAUUUAAGCUUAAGAUGUAAUAGUUUUACUGUUAGUGUAAUAGCAUCCUUUUGUUACCUAUGGUCUUUUUAUUGGUCCUCUUAUUGUGAGACUUCAUCAGCCUUGUGUGGGAUGCUUAUAACAGUGGUUCUUGGUUGAUAAUGGUUCUUUUA